AUGAACGCAUGCAUGUAAAUUCAGUACGGUAAACAAUGUUGUUUCAUAAAUACUUCCCAAGCAGACGUUCAUUAGAACGAGUGUUGAUCACCAUUUCAGCACCCAUGAGAACUAUAACAUGCUAUUAUGAUCAUUCAAUUGUGUGACCGAUAAGAAUUGUACCUUUCCGAUUAGCUGUACUCCUAGCCAAGUAUCUUAUGGUGCGUGGUGCAUCAUGCUUCAAUUCAGCAAUCGUGAUGCUGCAAUGAUGCGGCUAUCGCAAAACAUAGGGCCCUCUCCGAUACGGUUCUUCUCGGUGCCCGAUUACUUGCUCCCCUGGUCUUGGUCACCGGUCUCCGAUGCAAGGUUUUCCGGUGUGGAUGACGCAAGCUCGGCUGCGGCCAGUCCGGAAGUGGAAAGGUUCUGUGAUUCAUUCGGGUUUCGGAUAAAGAAGUUCCGACUAGUGCUCAGUUUGGGGUUUGGAAUGCUGCUAGCCAUCACGUUGGAACGUGUUGAGCCUCAGUGUCUGGUCAUCAUCGAUGAUCGCGUCGCAUCAAUAUGCUAAAUUUUAGUCCGGGAAUCACGAGUCAGUGUAUUUAUGGGUACAUCAUCCAUUUAGGAAUGAACAAGUUUAAAAUUUAGAACAUUUACCAUAUUGUAUUCUAGCACUAUACAUUUAUCAGAAACUUGACUGCAAUGCAAUGGCUCAUUGCAUAUAGUGUUAUGUGAAAUGUAAUUUUCCAAUGCUGUAACGUGAAAUGCUAUAACGGGAGCAAAUGCACUAUUUGGAAUGUUUAUUUUAAAAAAAUCCCUUGUGUGAAUGAGCUUUGCUGCGAAACACAGUACGUCGACCUCAAACUCAGCACUGGAAUGUAGAUACAAUUGUCAUCGACUAUUUGAAAGUUGAACAAACGAAUACCACAAGACGUAACAAAUGAAGUGAAAAUGGGCAUGGCAAAUAGGAAGCACGGGAGAAGGCUCUACAAGCAAAUUGCCAUGGCGUUAUGAGAGCUAUAGCUAAUUCCUGUUUGACAUCUCGGCAUUGUUCUUCAUUCGAAUCGGGCUCAUAAUAAAUUGGACGCUCACAAAGUGUGCCCUGCUGGGAACUAGCUAGUUUUCACUUUCGCCUUCGUGCUUUUUCACUCUGAACGAAACGCAACCCAAUCAUCUUUUCAACAUUACUUCAUUUCUUAAGCAAAGUAUGCUCAUCACGUUACGAGAGUAAUAGCGUGCAUCAGUUCUCGGCGCGCACAACUUUAGGUGGCAAUGUUUUUAUUUUUUUUAGUUUAAUUUUUACUUUACUAAGUUUUAUAAAUUUGUUUGUAACGCCCCAUAGCUUAGCACCUAGAGUAUAACUAAUAUCUAUUGCAUUAUUGAGGAGCUAAAAAUUAUGUGACACCAAUUUAAUGACACCGUUCUCUAAAGGUCUGUUAAGGCCCGACUACAAAAUAAUCCUAGUCACGGUAUACCUUGUAUUCAUUCAUGCCAUUUCUACCGAUGGUGCACACUGAUACAUCGCGGUCAAGUACCUUCUUUGUUUCACUGUUUGUAAGUUGCAUGUUGACGGAACCAAUCAAUCCAUUUUACAAGCGAGACCAAAACUGUGGCAGUAUCUCCCGAAGAAAAUUCACAUUUAAACGUAGCAUGUGUGUACGUGACUCGAUGACACAUUUAAGAUAUAUGCUAGUAUUAUUAUCACAUAUAUGCUAGUAUUAUUUGAAUUUGUGACUCUCCACUAGUUCGAAUUCUGUCACUAACGCAUAUAUUUGGUGAAUAUGAGGUAUAUGAUAUCAGCUCUAAAGGUAUUCCGCAACAAGGCUUUGUUUUAGAUGGUAGAAAUUUUUUAGGAACAUCAUGGUAGAUUGGGGCUGGUAGUGACAAUAACUAACCGUUUAUUCAUGCCCCAAUUUUUAUUAGUAACGGUAGGAUUGCAAAUAGAGCACGGAAUGCCUACGGAUUCCAUUUGCUGUAUUACGACACAUUUUUAUGUUUAAACGAGUUGUGCGCUAAUUAAUGUAGGAUAUACUACAUGUUUCCUCUUGUAUAAUAGUUUUAAACUGUAUUACAAAUAGUUAACUACAGUUACCAAUAAAAUGUGUCCGAACAUCUCCAUUUUUUACUAUUCAGUGUCAAAUAGGAGGUACUGCAACUGUUAACUUAGUGAAAACAUUCUGCAUUUCUCAUACGAGAGAGUUCGCUGGCGAGUUUUGGUUAGCUUUGCAUGCUCUCCGGUCGGAUCGUGAGAAUUGAAUCACGUUUUGUAUGGAACGGGUCUCUCUUCUGGAGAGGCAUGAUCGUGGAGAUAGCACCUGAUCUCAAACAACGGUUCAACCCGUUCGCCGCAACCACCCAGACCCCAUUCGCGGUUUGUUGCUCAGAGCGUGUCGUUGCUUUCGGGCGUAGUGCUCGUUGAAGGAGUUUCAACGCGAAGGAAAGUCUUUCGUUCGUUCGUGUACUGCGGUGAAGUCGUUUGUCGUUCGGUGUUUUUUGGUCAGAACGUGUAACGGUCAAAGAAACGCUGAUUUUAUUACGCAGUGUCUAUAAAAUAAACCCAAACGUUACCGAACAAUAAAUAGUGUAAAGUGAGAAGAACAUGUGGAUAAAAUGAUGAUACAACAAGCAUCUCGUGUGGCGCAUCAAGCUAAUAAAAAGCAGCUGCAGCGACCAGUUAGUUGUUCAACCUCGUACACAACUCAAACGCAAAAGGGUACUGCAACAUGUUCCGCCAGCGACCGUGAUUGUGACAAUAGAGCAACUACUUCAGUAACCGGAGGUAAACCACACCAGCAACUGCAGUUCACAAAAUUUCGAAGUAACCGCAGUGCUAGCAGCAGCCGCGUGACAAGCAAAAUUGUUGAGCCUAAAGUUGAUUGUCGACGGAAAAGCGCCUUCACGGCUGCUUCGCACUGUUUUGUUGAUAGGGAUGGCCAUGAAGAAGAAGGAACAAUUAAUACGGAACGAAUACCGAAGAUGGAAUUACUUAAACUAAACUACGUAAAGCUCAAGAACGAACAAGCAAAACGGUCAAUCGAGAAUAAAAAUGCAUCUGCCGUUGAGAAAAAACAAAAGAAAACAUCAACUGCGUCGACUGUUGUUUCUGCUUCAGUCGUAGACGAUAGCUCCACCAGAAACGUUAAUCAAGUUGUCGGGAGAAGAAGCCUUAGUGCAUGUGCUCAAGAUCCAGCAAGUGCUUUGGAAGGGCUUAUCGACAAUAAUGAUCAAACAAAUAGCGGUGAUCAAGAGGAGGUGGUUAAAUCGAAAUAUCUUGUUUAUAAAAAGCAUAACGGGUUCGGUGCAAACGUUUCUGGGAGGGCGGAUGCAGCAGUAGCUAAGUUACAAUACAUAAACGAUUCUGAUAUUAAAAUGAAGGCAUCUGUGAAAAAAAAAUAUGGUUUGUUCGAAAAUAAGAAGAAAAACAAACUGGAAACCGUGCAAUAUUAUUUUGAUAGUCGCAGCUACGAACGCUAUGUGGAUAAUAAAUUGUAUGGAGUAGUAAAUAAAACGGAACAGAAAGAAGUCCCUUCAUCAUUACCACCUGUAAGUAACGCUUGUAAUUCCCCAAAAAAACAAGCCUUUGCCGACCACCAAUCACCACAAACAAACAACCGGCCCAGCAUGAUGCGAGUGAUUAAACAGCCGGCUGCUACCAAUAGAACCGGUAAUGCAUCGCGUUCAAAAAUCGCGAUUAAAAAGAAUCUCUCCGUUGAAGCACCAGCAGAGCUAGGUGCGCUUGCUGGUUUAAAACAGGAAAACUGUCGAGUAUUCAAACUGCAAAAAAGCCAUACCAGCACCAACCUUCUAAUGCGCCAUAGAUCUAUGAACGACAUUCAUCGCAUUAACCAGUUAUUUUUAGAUCCGAAUGCUUCGACACCAGAUUCGGAGAUGGCAUCAGACAUAUCACUACUACCUCAGCGCCAAACGAGCUGUUCUAAAAUAUCUCCGAAAAUUCCGAACAGUCGAGUAUUGUGUACUGCAUAUUCUAAAGCGAUGGAAACAACCGGUAUCGAAAAAUCAAAAAUUCGCGAGCCUUCUGUGCAUCGGUUUGAAAAACAUCGAAAAUCUGAUGAACCUUCUGCAAAACAGCAAAAGUAUCUUGUGCACAAGCGUCUCAGCGCUCGCUACAAAACUAACGACAAUUUAGCUAAGAUUAUUGCCCACCCGGUAGCUGCAGAACAAUUUUCCGCGGAAGAUACAAUAAGGAAACGCAUUCGGCAGAUUAUUGACAGUCAAGAUCAGCUUGGGUCGACGGAAACAAUUGAUCUAACUCAAGAUCAUGUGGCACGAUUAUUCCGACAACACCACAAAGAUGAUAUCAAUUCUAUUGCUUCUACUCAUGCGAAGGAGAUUGCAAAAUUCCGAUUUCAGAGAUCAAAAUCCGCCACUCGUCUCAUAGGACUUGACACUGAUCGAAAAGAGAGAGAUGACGAAGUAAGCAGCGACGUUAGUGUAAGAAGUAGCAAAACAACAUGUGGAUACAAGAACUGCAAGUAUUCCAAUUGUCCUAUGUCAUCUUCCUCAUCUGCUUCUUCCACGAUCUCGACCACCAAUAGUUUCUCCGAUCGAAAUAACGAUAAAUUGAAUACUUGUGAAGAAACUGUGGGCAUUGGUAUUAACCAUAUUUCCAAUCAGUCGCGACAUUCUCUCAUUGAUUAUCGGAAAGAGACAUCCGAAAUCAUAGCCAGCGGCAAGCGAACUUCUAUCGUUAUCAAUGAUGACGAACUUCCUUCAAACGAGGCUACAAAAGAUGUUUUAAUAAACAAUGUACUCAAUGAGAAGAUGACUAAUACUAACAGAGAAAAGCAAAAUAAUGAUGUGCACAUUCUGUUUUCCAAAAUGAACGAAUCAGUACUGGAUUGCAAUCGUAUAAUAAUCGAGAAAUGUAUAGAAUCCACACAAGGACACAACGGAGCAGAAACAGUUGGUAACUUCGGAACAGCACAAAAGUUCUGGAGUCAACAAAACCAACGAAAUAUAAAACUAAAAAAUAAUCCGCAAACCAAGGCAUAUGACGACAAAAUUAAUAUUAAUAACAAGAUCAGAAAUGAGGAAAAUAACAGUAUUAGAAUAUUCAUCAGUAGCAAUAACCAGAUGUCAACCAGUAGUACAUCCGAACAAUCUAUGUCGCUGAUAUCAAAUGCAAAUCAUGAUACUCAUAGCAAUAGAUCUUCAACCUGUUCAUCUGCAUCCACAACAUCAUCUUCGUGUGGAUCAACGAGCGGAGAUUCUGAUAAAGACGAUGGAUACUGCGAUCAUAGUGAAAGAUCCAUUUCACCAACAAAGCAACCUUCUUCCAUUGUUUCCACCUUAAGCAGCGAAAGUAGUAAUAGCGGCACCAUAUGCAGUGAGUCUACAAAUAUUUCAAGCAUAACCUGCACAGGAAGCAGUGGCGGCCUUCACGACGACAGUUCACCCUGGGGAAAGAAUAUUCAAAAAGCUAAUCGUUUCACUUCCAAGACCAACAUUAGACUGGGUCGAGAUGGUGCUUUAUUCCUUAACAAUGGAUGUUUUACUGAUGAAUCAGAUCAGUCAGUGAGCCAUGCCGCAAACAAUGACGCUGGUGUACGGUCAGUGUGCUGUUCUAAUGGUGAGGAAAAUUCCGGUCGUUGUUGCAAAAAACGGAAUAGUGUAGUAUUCGGAGGAAGCACAUGCAGCAAACCCUGCCUUGUUAGUUCCAUAAACAUUGAUGAUAAUGUGGUCGAGUGUGAAAAUGAAGGUUUAAUAUCAGUGAUUGCAAAUAGUGUGAAUAGAGAAGAGUUCAUUUUUAAAAAAUCUGACAUUAAUUGCGAGUGCAGCAGAAGUAUGAAAAACAUUCCAAACAAGAUUGAAAGUUUCUCAACACGACCCAUCUCGAUUGAAGGACCACCUGACUCCGGAAUAUCGAUCAGUAGCGAUACGAUUAUUGCCAAUUCAGAUAGUGAUCUCAACCUACAAAGUCAAACAGAUUCUGACGAAAGAAAACUAAAGCGAGGGCAUGUAUUAGCCGAGUUACUGGAAACGGAACGCAUCUAUGUGGCUGAAAUGGGAUCAAUUUUGAAAGGAUACAGAGACGAGAUGCUCUCGGAAGAGAUGAGUUGCAUGGUGCCACCAGGUCUACAAGGAAAAUCAGACAUACUGUUCGGUAAUCUACAUGAGUUAUACACCUUCCACAAUGAAAUCUUUUUGAAAGACUUGGAGAAUUGUAUUUCAACCACUGAACUUGUGGCGUUAUGCUUUGUUCAACGGCGCGAUACUUUUUUCCGCCUCUACUCGUACUACUGUCAAAACAUACCCCGUUCCGAGCGUCUGCGAGAGACCCUCGUCGAUACGCAUCUGUUCCUGCAGGAGUGCCAAAAGAAGCUCGGUCACAAGCUGCCCCUUGCUGCAUACCUUCUCAAACCCGUGCAAAGGAUAACGAAAUAUCAAUUGCUUUUAAAAGAUCUUCUCAAAUUUAGUGAUACUGGGACAUGCUCCCGCGAGUUACAGAAAGCUUUGGAUUGCAUGUUGGUUGUGCUGAAAUGUGUGAAUGAUUCAAUGCACCAAAUUGCUAUUACGGGAUUCCCGGCCGAUCUAUCCCAGCAAGGAGAACUGUUGCUGCAAGAUUCGUUCCAAAUUUGGACGGAAAGUAAAAAAGACAUACGAUUGAGAUUGAAAACACAAAACAGACACAUUUUCCUUUAUCAGAAGGCAAUGCUAUUUUGUAAGCAAGGCUCAAAGACGGGUCAUAAUAAAAGCACCUAUCAAUUCAAGCAUUGGUUGCAGAUGUCCCAAAUUGGCCUCACAGAGUCCGUGCGUGGUGAUUCUCGACGCUUUGAAGUAUGGUUGCAAGGUCGCCAGGAGGUACACACGAUACAAGCCGGAACGAUUGAAAUUAAAAACAAAUGGGUCACGGAGAUUAAACGAGUUUUGUUAAAUCAGCUAGAAGAGCUGAAAGGCGAAAAAAUCAAACAAUAUGGACUGAAUCACAAAUCAUUGCGUCACACGGCGUCAUGGGACAUACCACCAACGAUCCACAACGCAUCGAGCCAUGUAUUGAGUGGCGAUCAGCAGGCUAAUGCAAGUGGGAUUGUUACUCUUUCGCAGGAUGUCGUCUCACGAAUACCACACAUGAAUGAAGAAGGCAUUAUGAAUGCCACCGGAAUUUCGUCGUCGUCUUCGGAGCACGAUAAUCAGGAAGCAAACGCAUGGAGCUCUGACUAUUCGAACAGUGAGGACGAAUUUACAACUGUGGAAGACAGUGUAACUCCGGGGCAUAAAUUUGUUUCGCUGGCCGACUAUUGCGCUAUAGGAAAUUCGGAGGUGACGAUGAAAGAAUCGGAUGUUGUUGAACUGCUCAAAGUAGGUUGUGCUGGCUGGUGGUUUGUGAAAGUAAUCGCCACUGGUCUGGAAGGGUGGGCACCAGCAGCGUAUCUGGAACCAAGCAAUAGAAAACAUUCUCGACUUCGAAGUGCUCGAAGCCAAGAUAAACUAAAUGUUAACUAAUAGUCGGUUGAUGAAUUACCAAUGUCACAAGUCAUUAUCAACAACAUGAAUAGAGUAUUAUUUUGUAUCCCCUAGCCAAAGUGUAGCAUAUUGUUCUGGAGUGUAAAUGGUUAAUCUGAGCAGAAGUAGGCUAAAUGAAUGUAAGAUUUGCUCAUUAAAUGUAUUAUGUCAAUAAUCUAAGCUAAAAAUACUUUCAAAAUCUCGUCUCGAGUAGCCCUGUCGAAUGAUCGCUAGGGGAUUCUUGAAACCUAAAUCCCUCUAAUGUAUACGUUUACUAGACAUAAUUUUAAAAUGACGAAUGCUUCGCGUAGGUACUUCCUAUUUUAGGAAAUCAGUUUUCAUCAACCAAACGAAUAUGUGCAAUAGCUUGUGCAAAUGCUUGCAGAACAUGCGUUAGAUCACGAUUGAAAUAACCUUCUCGAAUAUGGAACAUGACUUUUUUUAUUGUACACUUUAUUGCGUAUCUCCACCUAGCCUCUGUGUUUAUAUUGUGAAUCAAUUCGACCAGUGUUCCAUCAACCUACACGAUGGAUUUUUUGUUUUGUUCAUAGUAUUUAUUUCAUAAAAUUAAUUGUAGACUAUUUGUGCUUAAUGUUAAAAAAUUAUAUUACCCCACCGGUAAAAUCUGACUCCGAUACCUUUGCUGAAGUUUGUUUUAUGAUUCGAUCAUGAUCCCAUAAGCUUUUAAGAAUAAGAUUGUAUGUAUGCAAGUCGACGUAUUAAACUCGGUCGUUGGUAGCCUGAUAAUCAUCGAUGUGAAGCAAUAAACAUAGCUCAUCAUAUGUUAUAGCCACUGUCGUCAAAGUUCUGAU